AUGAGCAGUAGCGGGAACAGCAAGAGGGCGUCGGGCGGGACGAAGGACGAGAGGAAGAAUGCCUCGAGCAAGGAGGAGAGCCCCGUGACGGGGAGGGGGGACGAGGGAUCGGGGAGCACGGGCGGAGGAGCGAGCGCGGAUGGCACGCCGCAGCCCGGGAGCAAGCCUGGAUCGGCGGGGGCGAGCAGCAGGGAGGCCGUGCAGAAGCUCCUCGCGCUUGCUGCGCGCGGGGAAUGGGCGCCCGUGGACCAGCUGCUCAAAUCCUUGGAGAAGGCGGCCCAGAACGUCGGCGAGGAUGGAGGGCCCCUUCUCCCUCUCGCAAGCGUAAUGGACCCGGGAACGGGGAUGACGCCGUUGAUGUACGCCGUGAAGGACAAUCGCACGGCAUUGCUCGACCGAAUGAUCGAAUUGGGGGCGGACCUAGGCGCCAGAAAUAACGACAAUUACAAUGCUCUUCACGUCGCAGCUAUGUACUCGAGGGAAGACGUGGUUAAGCUACUCUUGUCGAAACGGAACGUCGAUCCUUACGCUACUGGAGGACCGAGGCAACAAACUGCUAUACACUUGGUCGCGUCGAGACAGACGGGUACCGCGACCUCCAUUUUGAGAGCUUUACUGGCAGCCGCCGGCCGGGACAUCAGGUUGAGAGUCGAUGGGAAAGGAAAGAUACCGUUACUGUUGGCCGUGGAAGCUGGGAACCAAUCGAUGUGCAGGGAAUUGUUGGCCCAACAGGCGCCCGAUCAGCUACGCGCGACCACCGCGACCGGCGAUUCGGCGCUCCAUCUCGCGGCCAGAAGAAGAGACAUCGACAUGGUGCGGAUAUUGGUGGAUUACGGGGCAACGGUGGACAUGCAAAACGGCGACGGACAGACAGCGUUGCACAUAGCGAGCGCGGAAGGCGACGAGACCCUCGUCAAGUAUUUUUACGGCGUGAGAGCGUCGGCCUCCAUCACGGAUCAUCAGGAUCGCACGCCCAUGCAUCUGGCGGCGGAGAACGGGCACGCUUCCAUCAUCGAGCUGCUCGCCGACAAAUUCAAAGCGAGCAUAUUCGAAAGGACGAAGGACGGAUCGACGUUGAUGCACAUAGCUUCGUUGAACGGGCACUCGGAAUGCGCGACGAUGCUGUUCAAGAAGGGAGUGUACUUGCACAUGCCGAAUAAGCGAGGGGCCAGAUCUAUUCACACAGCCGCCAAAUACGGCCACGUCGGGAUCAUAAGCACUCUUUUGCAACGAGGAGAGAAGGUGGACGCGACUACCAACGACAAUUACACCGCGCUUCACAUAGCCGUGGAGAACGCGAAACCUGCUGUAGUGGAAACGUUGUUGGGAUACGGGGCUGAGGUUCACGUUCGAGGUGGAAAGCUUCGAGAAACGCCUCUUCACAUAGCUGCCAGAGUGGCGGACGGCGACAGAUGCGCGCUCAUGUUGCUUAAAUCCGGCGCCGGCCCGAAUUUGACCACCGACGACGGCCAAACGCCAGUGCACGUAGCUGCCAGCCACGGAAACUUGGCCACGUUGUUGCUGCUUCUGGAGGACGGAGGUGAUCCCAUGUACAAGUCGAAGAACGGAGAAACGCCGUUGCAUCUGGCCUGCAGGGGAUGCAAGGCGGACGUGGUGCGACAUUUGAUCCGAUUCGUGAAGGAGAGGAGGGGCGCGGAGACGGCGACCGCCUACGUCAACAGUUUGACGAACGAAGGUGCGAGCGGGCUGCAUUACGCGGCCCAGAUCGAGCCGUCGGAAGUCGGGACGGCCGGGGACGACAGAGCGGUUAUUCGCGCCCUGCUCGAGGGCGGGGCGGACGUCUCGCUGCAGACGAGGCAGGCCCAGGAAUCGGCGUUCCAUCACUGCGCGUUGGCCGGGAACAACGAGAUCCUGUCCGAGAUGAUAAGCGGGAUGUCGGCGACCGAGGUUCAGAAGGCGUUGAACCGUCAGAGCGCGGUCGGCUGGACCCCGUUGCUGAUCGCCGCCCACCGCGGCCACAUGGAGCUCGUCACGACCUUGCUCGCCAACCACGCGAGAGUGGACGUGUUCGACCUCGAGGGAAGAUCCGCCCUACAUCUGGCAGCCGAGCACGGCUACCUUCAAGUGUGCGACGCGUUGCUCGCCAACAAAGCGUUCAUAAACUCCAAGUCGAGGGUCGGGAGAACGGCGCUCCACCUUGCGGCGAUGAACGGCUACUCCCACCUCGUCAAGUUCCUCGUCCAGGACCACGGGGCUGCGAUAGACGUUCUCACGCUAAGGAAACAGACCCCCCUUCACUUGGCGGCGGGUGCCGGCCAGUUGGAGGUGUGCAAGCUGCUGCUCGAGCUCGGUGCGAGUAUAGACGCGACCGACGACCAGGGCCAGAAACCGAUUCACGCCGCGGCCAUGAACAAUUACGCGGAGGUAGCCCAGCUCUUCCUCCAGAGGCAUCCAAGCUUGGUGAUGGCAUGCACCAAGGACGGGAACACGUGCGCCCAUAUAGCGGCGAUGCAGGGCAGCGUGCGGGUGAUCGAGGAGCUGAUGAAAUUCGACCGCCAGGGGGUGAUCUCGGCGAGGAACAAGUUGACCGAGGCGACCCCCCUUCAGCUGGCGGCUGAGGGAGGGCACGCGGAGGUGGUGAGGGCGUUGGUGAGGGCAGGCGCCUCCUGCGCAGACGAGAACAGGGCCGGGUUCACCGCUGUUCACCUGGCAGCCCAACACGGCCACGGCCAGGUGUUGGAAGUGAUGAGAUCCUCCCAGUCCCUUCGCAUAUCCAGCAAGAAGCUUGGCGUUACCGCUCUUCACGUAGCCGCGUACUUUGGCCAGGCUGAUACCGUGCGAGAAUUGCUGACCCACGUGCCCGGAACGGUGAAGUCCGACCCUCCGACAGGCGGCUCUCUCGUAGGAGAAUUGGGAAGCGAAUCUGGAAUGACGCCUCUUCACUUGGCCGCUUAUUCAGGGAACGAGAACGUCGUGCGAUUGCUCUUGAACUCGGCCGGUGUGCAGGUGGAGGCGGCGACCACGGAGAACGGUUUCAAUCCUUUGCACUUGGCCUGUUUCGGGGGCCACAUCACUGUGGUCGGUCUUCUGUUGAGCAGAUCGGCCGAACUGUUGCACAGCUCCGACCGUUACGGUAAAACAGGUCUUCACAUAGCGGCGACUCACGGCCACUACCAAAUGGUGGAGGUGCUUCUCGGCCAGGGCGCGGAAAUAAACGCGACCGAUAAAAAUGGAUGGACGCCGUUGCAUUGCGCGGCGCGGGCCGGUUACCUCGACGUUGUCAAAUUGUUGGUGGAGAGCGGGGCAUCUCCCAAGAGCGAAACCAAUCUCGGCAGCGCGCCGAUUUGGUUCGCCGCGUCCGAGGGCCACAACGACGUGCUCAAAUAUCUAAUGGAAAAGGAGCACGAUACUUACGCCUUGAUGGAGGACAAAAGGUUCGUCUACAACAUGAUGGUGUGCAGUAAGAACAACAACAACAAACCGAUCGAGGAAUUCGUGCUGGUUUCCCCGGCACCGGUGGACACGGCCGCCAAGCUUUCCAACAUCUACAUGAAAUUGUCGGAGAAGGAGAAGGAGAGGGCGAAAGACUUGAUAGCCGCCGGCAAGCAAUGCGAGGCGAUGGCCACGGAAUUGUUAGCUUUGGCCGCGGGCGCCGACUCGGCCGGGAGGAUUCUCACCUCGAUGGACCGUAGGAACGUCGAGUUUUUGGACGUGCUGAUCGAGAACGAGCAGAAGGAGGUGAUCGCGCACACGGUUGUCCAACGGUAUCUCCAAGAAUUGUGGCAGGGCAGUUUGAACUGGAACGCCUUCAGGACGAUCCUUCUGUUCGUCGCGUUCCUCGUCUGCCCCCCUGUCUGGGUUGUGUUCGCCCUCCCCCUCGGCCACAAGUACAACAACGUCCCAAUUAUAAAGUUCAUGUCGUAUCUAACCUCUCACAUAUAUCUGAUGGUCUUCCUUUUGCUGGUCGGUAUAAUUCCUAUAUACCCUGUGGUAAGGGCGAGCCUGUUACCGUAUUGGUACGAAUGGUGCCUCCUCGUCAUGCUGUCCGGAUUAUUGCUCUUCGAGCUGACCAACCCAAGCGACAAAAGUGGAUUAGGCUGGAUUAAACUGGCCGUGCUGCUGUUUGGAAUUUGCGGGGUAGCGUUCCAUCUAAUGGGUUUCGUAAUCGUCCACCGACCCUAUUGGCCAACUUUACUUUACCUCAGGAAUCAACUGUUCGCCCUGAGCUUCUUGCUCGCCUGUGUGCAGAUCCUCGAUUUCCUCUCGUUCCAUCAUCUGUUCGGCCCGUGGGCUAUCAUCAUUGGUAACCUGAUGAAGGAUCUAGCGAGAUUUCUCGCCGUGCUGGCCAUCUUCGUGUUCGGUUUCUCGAUGCACUUUGUUGCACUGAACCAAGCCUUCGAGACCCAAUCGGAUGGCGGAAGGCGGAUUGAUGACAAAAAGAAAAAAGGCGUCUUCAACGACGAUUUGUUGGCCAAUGUUACGGAAUGGAUGAUGGAGACGCCAUCGACGGCGCCUCCUCGUCGCUACGGCCGCUACAAGAAAAAAGAAUGUUGUGACGAUAACUCCCGAGAUAUAAAGAUGAAUCCUGUACUCGCCUUCGAAUAUCUGUUCUUCGCCGUCUUUGGUCAAACAACCCACGGCGAGCUGAAGGUCGAGACUAAUCAGCCGCAGUGGACCUCGGUCCUGUUCAAGUUGGCCUUUGGUGUAUACAUGUUGGUCUCAGUAGUCGUAUUAAUUAAUCUACUGAUUGCCAUGAUGAGUGACACCUACCAGCGGAUACAGGCCCAAUCGGAUAUUGAAUGGAAAUACGGGCUCAGUAAACUGAUCCGAAACAUGCACAGAACGACCACCGCGCCAUCGCCCCUUAACUUGCUCACUACUUGGAUCGUGUACUUCAUCAAGAUGUGCAAACAACACGCCGCGAAACGAAAACGUCCCUCGUUAGUGCAUAUGAUGGGACUUCAGCGAGCUGCUCGUCUUUCGCCUAGAUCGAAGAUGGGAGCGAAAUGGUUGGCGAAAGUGAAGAAAGGUCAAGUUAGACCAAAGGACAGUGUAACUUUAUCUGUUGUGCAUUUGAGUCCUCUUGGUAGUCAAUUAUCCUUCAAUAGCGCUACGAGAAUAGAGAAUGUGGUUGACUGGGACUCGAUCCGUAAAAAAUAUUUAGCUUUGGCCGGUAAUGAGCCUGAAAAAGAAGCGGACAAGGAUGCUAAAAACGAAGAUGAGGAGAACGAGGAUGAAAACGCACCUAUGGUUUCUAACUCUUCCACGUUACCAACGACUACAACGCCACCUGUUUAAAAGAAGUUGCUCCUUCGCCUCGGAAAAAUAUAAAAAAGUUCGACCAAUUAUUAUCAAAUUUUAUAGAUUUAUCGAGUGCGAUGAUGCAUAAAUAUUCUUAUCGCGCUGAAUAUCGUAAAGUGAAAAAUAAUUUUUAUGCGGAAAUAUUUAUUUUAGAUAAUGUUUCGUAAUUAGAUUCAUAAUAUUUGAAGGUUAACUAAUUCGCGUGAUAUGAAAAAGUGCUAUCAUUUUGGAAUUUACGUAAGUAAUAUCUCGAAUUAGAAAUAUAAAAAUACGAUCGUCGUAUCGUCUGUUCAUAAAUAUUUGACAACAUGACUAUUUACUUUUCGAUUGUAUUAGAACUUUCCAUGGUUCUCUGCUAAAAUAGUAGGAUUUUUAAUUGAUAAUUCGUCCAAAAUAAUCUGGUUGAUCCUUAAAAAUGUAUUCCUUAUUUUUUUUAUGAUCCUGAAAUAACGCGUUCUUCACGAAUUAGUAUUUAAUCACAGUGAUACUAUAAGUGUUAAACAUUGAGGACAACAAAAACACAUACGUAUUUACACAUAAAUACAUACAUUCGUAUACGCAACAUCUACGCACAUAUAGACAGAUUGAAGAAUACAUCGCGAUACAUGGAA